AUGUCUUCCUCAGAUACAGUUCCAGCACCCUCCCCUCCACAAAAUGGGGUCCCUGAGCUCGACAUCCCUAAACUACACGCCCUCCCCUCCGAACAGCAGGAACUGUACAUGCUUACGUUCACCUCCGAUCUCGUACAAUACAUAUCUGGCUUGGAAGCUGCGGAAGUUACAUCGCAACAGAAGGAUCUGAAAAAGGAAUUGUUUAAGAUAUUGAACCUCCCUUCACCGACUGUCACUCGGGUCCUCCGCAACAAUCUAGGGCGAUGUUUUGGCGCAAUACUCAGCAAAGGGGAUCGCGGGAUCCUCUUCGAGACAAUCACCGACCUGCUGGAAAUUGUGAAUGCUGGCAAGAGUGAAGCCGAAUUGAAGAUCAAAUUCGCUGCGGCGCAUUGUCUAGGGGAGGUCUUUGCGACAGCCGGUGAGAGCGCGUUCAUGCAGUCCAAUGUUGCGACUUCGGGCGCACUCAAACUGCUGAAAUCAGCAAGCAACCAUACCGGUCUUAGGGGAGUUCUCUUUGCGGUGAUGCGCAAGAUUGUUGUUGGGAUUGGGGUUCCCAUCGAUGAAGGAACCGCCCGCGACAUCUGGAAGCAGGCCCGAAAUGCUGCUAUCAGCGACAAAUCCACUUUCGUCCAAGUCAAUGCAUGCCGCUGCCUGGAGCAGUUGGUUGCCACCACACCAUUCUUCGAUAACGCACAUGACUUCGAACACCUCAAAACCCUUGUAUGGAAGGUUAUCGACAGCCCCGCUGCGCCAGUGCGGCACGCCGUAGCUGCAGUUCUUGGUCGAGCACUGAUUAAUCUACAUGCUACGGACGCGCACAUUACGACCGCCCCGAAACCGAAAUCCAAGAAAUCGAAGCGCAUGUCGAAGAAACCUGGUGUGGGGCUUGGAGAUGAGGACGAGGCCGAGAUGUCAGAGUCGUCUGCCCCUAAGAAAACCGACUCGCGUCUGUACUUCCUUCUUCCGGACUUGUUGAGGCAGCUUUCGUCCCAAUAUUUGAAGAGUACCACUUCGAAUCGCUCACGCGCUGGGAUCUGUAUAUGCUACAAAUAUGUUGUGCGCAACCUGGGAGACAAGAUUGUCGAAGAGCGCUAUGGGCAGAUUGCAACCAACUUGCUUGUCGAGUUGUUGAAUCAUCCGACGGUCACAUACAACCGCUUCCGCCUACUCAUGACCAGGAAGUUCAUCAAGAGUAUUCUUGAGGAUACUAUUGGCCAGGAAUUGCUGCGCGAGAACAGUCAACUCAAUGCUGCAGCAUGGAUAAUCAACUAUAUCCUCAAGGACUACCCCCAGGUUAUCCAGGAACGUCGCGAGCCCAGCAAGUAUACAUUGACGAGUGCGGUCAGCGCUCUGUCCUCGUUGAUUUCAUCGCUUGGUUCCGCGUUCAGCGCUCAGGCUGAUAGCUGCCGAGAUGCUCUACUUCAAGUCCUUCCUCACCCUAGCUACACUGUUCAAGUUCACGUUGCGCAUUGUCUGCGAAACUUCGUCCUAGCCUCUCCCCAUCAGCUGCUGUCAUGUGUGACAAUUUGCAUGAACAGUUUGAACAGGGAAAUCGGACAGCUAGGCACACCGCGCCAGUCGCCUCGCCGGUGUGUUGGCUAUGCCAAUGGAUUAUCUGCAAUGCUCAGUACUUCUCGUUUACAACCGCUGUAUGGAGCAGUGGAUGUUUUUGCGCGCGUCUUUACCCAAGCAACCGAUCUUCUUAAGACGAGCAGCACUUCCGAGCUCCGGGUUGCGAGCAUUCAAAUCCAGGUGGCGUGGAUUCUGAUCGGAGGUCUGAUGCCUCUUGGGCCCAGCUUUGUCAAGACCCAUCUGUCUCAAUUGAUGCUUCUCUGGAAGAACGCACUUCCCAAACAUCUUGGCAAAGAGAACGCUGCCCAGCCAGGUACCGUUGAGAUCAGUUUCCUGACUCAUGUGCGGGAAUGUGCACUGGGCUCGUUGCUGGUGUUCAUGGAGUUCAACAGCAAAUUGAUCACAUCAGAUGGUGCAAAGAGAAUCGCUGCCAUGUUGCAAAAUACUGUCGAAUUCUUAGAUAACCUGCCUAAGCCGAAGGCUAUGGAAGAUCUUUCACAAAGGCUGCACCCAUCCCUGCAGUUGCAAGAUUAUUCAACUAUGGUGCGCCGACGUGUGUUGCAGUGUUUCACGAAGCUUGUGCAUGUCCAUCCACCUAGUCAUGGGGACAUUAUUUCCCAGUCCAGUCUUCUGAGCCUGGCUAUUUCCUCAUUCGCAGACCCAGAUGCCCAGUACAAGCAACUAGAAAGCUCUAUUUCAGGCUCGGCCGGACAAUUCGAUGGCCUAUGGGAUCUAUGUGAUAACUAUGGAUUUGGUGUCACUGGACUCUCCCGAGAAUAUCUUCGUGCUACACUGUCUGGCAUUCAGGAAGAUGACAAGAGCCCCGGCUGGUCUGCGCUUGAUUCCGUGGACCAAGUUGUGGACGACACCUUAACUUUUCCUAUUUGUCAAGCUAGCGAGCAUGACGCGGUUCUUCUAUACAGUUUGCGAGAUGGAGAUAAGCUUGCUGUUGAUCCACCAACAACAGGAGUUAUCAACUCGGCAAUCGAUUUGUUCUCUGUGGCCCUCGCCCUUCAUUCGUCCAAAAUUCAGGAAAGCAGUGUGGAACAGAUCGCUACAUUCCUCACUUCUCCCGGACUACAGAGAAACCCCGGCAGGAAAGCAGCAUUGGUCGUCAACAUCUCGGUGGCCCUCUUACAUACUCUGAAAGUUGCUGUCAAGGAGACAGACUUUGUGCCUGGCAAGCUAAAUCCGUCAACCGAUAAGAUUUUGCAAGAGCUUCUCCAAAAGUUCGUCAUAGAUGCCGAUCCCGUUGUUCGUACAAUCGGCGUUGAGGCACUUGGACGACUUUGCGACAGUGCUGGAAACGGGUGCACCAAUACAAUGGUUAAUUGGCUUGUUGAUACCAUUGUCGAGAACAGAGAGCCUAACGCUAGAGCUGGCUGUGCUGCUGCCCUUGGAUGUAUCCAUGCUCAGAUUGGCGGAAUGGCAGCUGGUUUGCACCUCAAAACAAUUGUCGGUGUUUUGAUGUCUUUGUGUAAUGACCCUCACCCCGUUGUCCAUUUCUGGGCUCUUGGGGGCUUGGAGAGAGUUGCCAACUCCGCUGGGUUGACAUUCUCGCCUUUCGUCUCCGGCUCUUUGGGGAUGCUUGCUCAACUCUACAACGCUGAUACCCACAACGAGGAGGCGGCCGCGUUGGCGACCUCCAACAUUGAAAUGUCAUUCUUGACACCUGUCGUGAUCAGUCGAUGCGUCGACUCUCUCAUCAAUGUUCUCGGGCCGGACUUGCAAGACAUUGCAAAGACGCGAAAUCUCAUUUUGACCCUGCUUCGCCAGUUCCAAUUGGAGGAAAACCCAGCGUUAGUGACGGAAAGUUCCAAAUGCUUGGACCACUUCUCGAUGUAUGCCUCCAGUUAUGUCGACAUUGCGGCAUACGUGAAGCGACUGCAGACCGAGCUUCGAGCAAGUAACUUCCUCAUGCGAGAUGUAGCAGUUCGUGGACUCAACAACCUCAUGAAACGAGACGCAUCGUCUGUGAUGCAAACGGUGGGUCAGUCUUUGGAAGAUGACAUCUGGCUCGCAUUCGAUGAAGCCCCGAACAACAAGUCACUCAAGUCAAUGAUUCAGGACUGGCUACAGCAGACUGCUUUGACAGAAACCGAGAUGUGGAUCCAACGUUGUCAGAACAUCAUGACCAAGACACGCCACAAGGUGGAACCUGCGCCUACCACAGCUGUUCAAGCUGCAGCUGCCGAUAUCCCCGAUGACGAGGUUGCCGGUUUUGCCUCGGCUGCUGGGGAAGGGCAAGGUGACGCUGCGAACGAAAGCAUCUCAGGCCAAGAAUUAUUGAAAUGGCAGACCCGCAACUUUGCCAUGAGCUGUCUCUCCGAACUUCUGGCUACUGUUCAAGAAGCGAUCCUCCCAGACUCUGCCAUCCCAGCGGAGUUGGCUCUCCAGAAGAACGUUGGAGAUAUUGUGAGAAUGGCCUUUUCAGCAUCUACCGCCAAUGUCAUUGAGCUGCGCGUAUGGGGAUUAAAGAUCAUCGACCAAGUUCUUACAAUGUUCGGCAAGACACCGGAUCCUGACUUUGCUGAAGCCUCGCUCCUCGAGCAAUAUCAAGCUCAGAUUGGGUCUGCACUUACUCCUGCCUUUGCUGCCGAUUCCUCCGCGGAGCUGGCAUCAGAGGCCAUAAAUGUUUCUGCGACUUUCAUUGCUACAGGAAUCGUAACAAAUGUCGAUCGUAUGGGGAGAAUCCUGAAGCUCUUGGUGCUGGGUCUGGAGAACUUCGCGAAGAACCCAGAGACUACUGAAAUCGGUGACCUCAAGGGUCUAAACUCAAAUGCUCGAGUUAUGGUAAAACUCGCUCUGUUUUCGGCCUGGGCCCGGCUCCAGAUCGCAAGCAUCGAACAUGAGUAUUUGACCCAGGUGGUCCAGCCUUAUAUUGCCAAACUCACACCUCUAUGGCUGUCUUCUCUUCAAGAAUAUGCUCGAUUGCGCUUUGAGCCAGAUAUCUCCGGUAGCUUGGGGACAAGCUUGACCGGUGACCUGGAUGACGUGUAUGCGGCGUUGAAUCGUGAGACUUUGUUAAAGUUCUACCAAGACACGUGGUUAUACUUGGUUGAUGCAAUUGCUGGGCUCGUCGAGAAAGAUAUUGACUUUGUUUUCGAUGCUUUAGAUGGCAAAUUGCAGCUACCCGAGGAGAAGCAAGAAAAAGCCAUUAAAAAGGAAGAAGGAAAAGGACAUGAUAUUAAUUACCGCGAAGAGCCGGUGGCAUUCUUCUUUGUCUUGUUCGGACUGGCUUUCGAAUCUUUGGUUGAUCAAGGAACUUCGGCAUCCCAACGAUUGGAGAUUCUUCAGGCUCUGAAGCGAAUUCUAAGGCCAGUCAUCUCUGGAAAUGCCAUCUACCAAGAUGCAAUUUUCACAGAGACCAUGGACAGCUUCGACCGUCUUGUGUUGACAGAAGCUACCCCCAUCCAGACCGUCAUUGUCGAGAUUGCCCAAAACCUGUCAUUAGAUCACCCCGCAGCAAAGGGUGAUCUGGAACGCAGCGACCAUCUUUCCGAUGACAUCGAGCAACUCUUCGAGCUCACAAGAAGCAUCAUUCUUGUUCUUGCUGGAAUGCUUCCCAAUCUCCGCGAAUCGACACCACUCGCGCGGUUCAACGUAAGUUCGGAUGAGUCCUUGACUCUUAUUCGUUUGGCACUUCGCUCUCUCGUCGAUGUUGCAUCCGUAUUCCCAUCCGUCAUUCGCAACGAUCUCCAUGCUUGUAUCCUACAUAUAUUCACAACUAUCCUCGCGACUGGGAUCUGCCAAGAGGGCGUGGUUCCACAAGCUCUUCCCAUCUUCAGGCAGUUCGUUCACGGUAUUACCCACACAACGGAAUCACCCGAAGACCUUGAGGUCGUGUCAUUCCAGCUUCGAGGAUGUCUCACGCGCUUCCUCACCAUUCUCACCAUCGCCCAGCGACGGGAGUCGGAUAUCUCCAUCCCCUGCGCCAAGAACACGCUCCUCGCCAUCACUUUCCUCCUGACUGCCGGAGCGCACGUCAUCCCGCCCCAGGAGCCAGUCCUGAUCCGAGUUCUGGAUGAGUUGCUUGACUGUCUUCAAGAUGUCGGCCUUGCCACCGUGGCAGCUAGCUGCCUCCGUUCAAUCCUCGUUAAACCAGGCUCUCGUUCCAUCACCGAUGAAGUUAUCAGCCGAUACCUUGUCCCGCGACUCAUCGCCUUCAUGGUUGCCUGCCCUCUAGACAACGGCGAUAUCCCCAGCGACCCCGAAAACUCCCGCAUAGUGGUUGCUCGCACGCUCGUGUCGUGCAUCUCCAAUGCCACUUUCUCCACUUCUGAAUUGCCCGCCGCUACAUCCCUCAUCAUGUCGGCACUAUUGGCACGCGCCAAGCGUGAAGGCGAGUCUGUGCACCAAGAAUCAGCGGGCCAUCUCCUCGAGCUCGCUAAGGCCGACCAGCUUACUUUCCGGACGCUGGUGGCUACUAUGAACGCAGACCAGAAGUCUCUUCUAGAGGAGGUUCUUCGUAGUGUCGGAGUCGGAGCUGUUGCUUCGAAGACUGGCGCUGAUGCGGUAGACAAUGCUCCCCAGGCUGCGCCAAGUAUAGCAUUGCGCAUGGAUUUCUAA